CUGCCCACCCUGAUGCUGCCCUUCAUGAGGAUCAGAAUCCACUGACACAGUGAAGUGCCGUCUGGGCGUCAAGUUAUGCAGCGAGAAUAUUUAGCUGGACCAGGCGGUCAGAAAAAGCUUUCAGAAGAAGAUUGGGAUUCUGUUGAUCAAGAGUAUGGAGAAAUGAAUAUAGAUGACAUUGACUCAGCUGAAGAACAGCAACUAGUUGGAGACGAUGAUGAAGACGUACAGCAGCAGUCAGAUGGAAGUCCUUCGCGGGUGAACAUUAUUGCAUCACCUGCUCCGGUUUAUCGAAGUCUGAAUCCAUCUCAUAACCAAAGAAUUUGCAGCACAUUUGGUAACCAUCACUACAAGACCUUUGAUGGAGAUAUCUUCCAUUUUCGUGGGAAUUGUACUUACCAGUUUGUAAGACACUGCAAGACCAAUUAUGAGGAAUUCUUUGUGGGAAUCACACGUCACGUCAGAAAAAAUGUCCCUGUUAUCUCCGGCAUUAACAUGAAGUUAGAUGGUGCUGAUAUUACUGUGGCUGAGAAGACUGUCAUAGUCAACAGUGUAAAAGUAGAGGAACUUCCAUUCAGUGUUGGUGGAACUCAAAUCUCUAAGUCUGGAACCUAUAUAAGAAUCAGUUCCAAAAUUGGCUUUGAAAUGUUUUGGAAUGAAGAAGACUCCAUCACGCUGGAACUGAGUCAAAAAUAUGUCAACCAAACCUGUGGUCUUUGUGGUGAUUAUAAUGGGAUUCCAAUCCACAAUGAGUUUAUGAUCAACAAUGCCCAUCUAACUAAUGUUCAGUAUGGAAACCUUCAAAAAUACCAUAACCCAGAAGAACAACACUGUGAAGACACUAGUGAAGAAGCAGAAAUAACAUGCCCCCACAGUAAACAAUUAUGUACAACUGUUCUCACUGGUACAGCUUUCCAAGAAUGUAAUAAAAUUGUGGAAGUCCAGAAAUAUAUUGAACUUUGCGAGCAAGAUAUCUGUAGAUGCACAGGGAAUUCAACAGGGUUCUGUCUUUGCAACAUCUUCACGGAGUAUUCCAGACAGUGCACUCAUGCCGGUGGAAAACCAAAGAACUGGAGAACAUCUAAGAUUUGCCCUUUGAAAUGCGCUUUCAACCUUCAGUUUAAAGAGUGUGGCACAGCCUGUCCAGACACUUGUAGUAACCCUGACCGCUCAUUAGUCUGCGAUGAUCACUGCACAGAUGGCUGCUUCUGUCCCGCAGGGUUGGUGUUUGAUGACAUCAGGAAAACGGGUUGUAUUGCAAAGGAGGAGUGUCCCUGCACCUAUAAUGGAGAUGUUUACCCAUCAGGAAAAGGAUAUGCUGAGAAAUGUCAAGAUUGCACAUGUGAAGGAGGGAAAUGGAACUGUGUUAAAAAGCAAUGCUUUGGUGUUUGCGCCCUUGAAGGAGGUUCUCACGUCACCACCUUUGAUGCUACUCGCUACAAUUUCCAUGGAGACUGUACCUACACAUUAUCUAAGACAAGUGACUCCAGCCUGUUCAGUGUUUUAGCGGAACUUAGCAAAUGUGGCCAUACCGAUACAGAAACUUGCCUCAAGAGCAUUUCCCUGAGCUUGAAUGGUGGAAAGGAGUUUAUUUUUGUCAAGAAAUGCGGCAGCGUGUACAUUAACUCUGUCUACACCCAACUGCCUGUCUCAACAGCCACUGCUACCAUCUUCAAGCCUACAUCCUUCUUUGUCAUCAUACAAACAAAUUUCGGUAUACAGGCUAAAGUUCAACUGGUGCCUACCAUGCAAGUUUAUGUAUCAGCUGAUCCAAAAUGGAUGGACAAAACUUCUGGUCUCUGUGGAAACUUCAAUGAUGUGCAAGCCGAUGAUUUCAAAUCUCCUGCGGGAGUCUUAGAAGGAACUGGUUCAUCUUUUGGCAACUUGUGGAAGACCCAGCUUGACUGUCCAAAUGUCAAAAACAACUUUGAAGAUCCCUGUGCCCUUAUUGGUCAGAAUGAACUAUAUGCAUCCCACAAUUGCGAUAUGCUGCUAAAGAGUGAUGGACCAUUUGGCAGCUGUCACAAGACUGUUGACCCAGAGAGCUACCAUAAGAACUGUAUGUUUGAUGCCUGCAAUUGUGAAAAGAAAGAAGACUGCAUGUGCAGUGCCCUCUCAUCCUAUGUUAGUGCCUGCGCUAGACAAGGAGUUGACUUACGCGGGUGGAGAACAAAUAUUUGUCACUCAUACACAACCACCUGCCUGCCUGGUCAAACCUAUCGCUACACUGUCAGUACCUGCACACCUAGCUGCCGUGCUCUCAGUGAACAUGAUGUCACCUGUGAAUAUGAUAUUGGCACUAUUGAUGGUUGUACUUGUGAAGAUGGAACCUACCGAGAUGACAAUGGAAAAUGUGUUCUCCCUGCUCUUUGCUCUUGUUACUAUAAGGGAACUGCUAUGUCACCUGGAGAAGUCAUUCAUGAAAAUGGGGCAAUGUGCACCUGCACUAAUGGAAAACUGGACUGUGUUGGCAUCGUUCCUGUGGUCGUAAAAGAAUGUGAACACCCAAUGGUCUACUUUGAUUGUGACAAUGCCACUGCGGGGGCUAAAGGUUCUGAAUGUCAGAAAAGCUGUUCAACCUUUGAUUCAGACUGUUAUAGCUCUGGUUGCGUAUCUGGCUGUGUAUGUCCUGAAGGAUUGGUGCUUGAUGAUGAAAGAAACAUAUGCAUUCGUGAAGAUGAUUGCCCUUGUAGACUCAAUGAUGACUACUAUGCAGCAGGAGAAACAGUUCAGGUCAAAUGCAAUACUUGUACCUGUAAGCGCAAGAAGUGGGAAUGUACCACAAACACAUGCCUCGGGACUUGUGCUGUAUAUGGAGAUGGACAUUACCAAACUUUUGACAACAGAAGAUAUCGUUUCAAUGGAAAUUGCUGGUACACUUUGACUCAGGAUUAUUGUUCUAAAGACCCUCAUGAUGGUACCUUCAGAGUCUUCACAGAAAAUACACGUUGUGGUACACAAGGCACCACCUGUUCCAAAACUAUCAGACUUUUCCUUGGUAACUAUGAGCUCAUUCUUGGUGAUCAGAAGUUUGAUGUGGUCAAGAGAAACCAUGGAACAUAUGUUCCCUUCAAAGUUCGACAGAUGGGAAUCUAUUUAGUUGUUGAAGCAGCAAAUGGUUUAGUUUUGGUUUGGGAUAAGAAAACCACUAUCUUUGUUAAGCUGGAUCCAAAAUUUGAGGGAAAAGUAUGUGGUCUAUGUGGUAACUUUGAUGGAAAUGCUGCCAAUGAUUUUGUAACCAGAAGUCAGUCCAAGGUUGGAGAUGUCGCUGAGUUUGGCAACAGCUGGAAGCUUUCUGAGAGAUGCCCUAAUGCUGUGGAAAUUGCAGAUACCUGUGCCUCUAAUCCAUAUAGAAAAGCAUGGUCACAAAAACAAUGUAGUAUCAUCACCAGUAGUGUGUUUGCUUCCUGUCAUGGUGUGGUGGACCCUGUUAACUACUAUGACGCUUGUGUCAACGAUGCUUGUGCUUGUGAUGCUGGUGGAGACUGUGACUGCUUCUGUACUGCCGUGGCAGCUUAUGCCCAAGCUUGUAGUGAGGCGGGACAGUGCAUCAGUUGGAGAACUCCAAAUAUCUGCCCUGUAUUUUGUGAUUUCUACAACCAGCAAGGACAUUGUGAAUGGCACUACAAAGCCUGUGGAGCUCCAUGUAUGAAGACCUGUAUGAAUCCAACUGGUGUUUGCUUUAACAAACUGCCAGGCUUAGAAGGUUGCUACCCUACAUGUCCUGAGGAUAGACCAUUCUUUGAUGAGGAGUCGAUGCAUUGUGUUGCUUCAUGUCACUGUUAUGAUGAAUAUGGGGAGGAGUAUAAACCAGGAGAAAAGAUGCCAGGUCCAUCCAGAUGUUCUGUUUGCACAUGCUCCAAGAAUGGAAGACAGUGUACCCAAGCACAAGGUUGUUGCGAAUAUGAAGGCAAAGAAUUUCUGCCUGGUGAUAUAGUCUAUUACACUGCCGAUGGAAUAGGUGGCUGUUUAAAUGCCAUUUGUUCAGAGAAUUCAACAAUAGAAAGGAUGAUUGGCCUAUGCCCAACUACCACAGCUCCACCUACAACUUUUGACUUCAGUCCUUCAUCUGAAGAACACACUCAUUCUACUCCACCAACAUCUCAUGGAAUUUCCCCAACAUCUUCUAUAUCCACCGAAUCCUCUCCCAGCACUUCAAGUGGUGGACAAAGCACAGAAAAACCAAUUACUUCAAAAUCUGAAAGUUCAACUGCUUCAACCCCUUCUUGUGUUGAGGCACAUGAUUGUACAUGGUCACAGUGGUAUGAUGUGAACAAACCUGAAAACAGUGAAGGAGAUUUUGAACGAUUUGAGGAUAUUGAGAGUAAAGGUCAUAAAGUAUGUAAAAAUCCCAAAAAUGUGGAAUGCAGAGCAAAAGAAUACCCUAACCGACCUCUAAAAGAUUUAAAGCAAGAAGUGACAUGCAGUCGAAGAACUGGCCUAGUUUGUCUUAACAGCGAAAAUCCAACCUUGUGCUACAAUUAUGAAAUAAGAAUAGAAUGUUGUAAAUAUAGGGAAUGCACAAAGACUCCUUCAUCAACAAGUAAAGAACAGCCUUCAUCUCCAACAAGCUCUUCUGUUGAUAUUAAAACACAGCCUCCUACACCUAAAGAACACCCAACAUCUUUGCCAGUUCAGUCAGCUUCACAAACAUCUACUAGCACAAGUGCUACACCACAACAACCAGAAACCACAAAAACUCCAUCAACCUCAUUUUCAGGCACACCUGAGACAUCUAGCCCAGUGACAGGAAAAACAACAUCAUCUGAAGAGAGUACAAAUACUCCUACACCCCCUGAAACAACAACCUGUGUGUUCAAGAUGGAAUGUCGUUGGACUCCAUGGUACGAUUUGAAUUCACCUAGUGGCAGAAGCGAUGGAGGAGAUAUUGAAAAUGUUGAAGACAUUGAAUCUGCAGGAAAUGAUGUUUGUACAAAUCAAGAAGUUAAAAAUAAUGUAGAGUGUGAAGCUGUAGAUGAUAAAGGACUCACUGUUUCUGAUAACAGUCAAAAAUUCAGUUGUGAUGUGAACGAUGGGCUAAUAUGUAACAACAGAGACCAAAACAACAAAGAAAAGUGUAAAAACUAUAAAAUGCGGAUUGAAUGUUGUAGAAAAGUCUGCGAAACAAUACAAACACCAGAAGUCACCACAACAGAAAUUACAGAACCAGAAACUACUGGUGGUGAAACAACAACCCAGGGAAAAACACCUUCUACCCCGUUAUCAACUGGAAGACCAUCAUCGGAAGUUACAUCUUUACCAACAACUCUCUGCGUAUAUAAGAAGCAAUGCCGCUGGACAAAAUGGUUCGAUAAUAAUAAUCCUAGUGCUGAAAGUGAUGGAGGAGACACUGAAAGUAUUGAAGAUAUAGAAUCAACAGGCAGAGAAGUUUGCGGUAGCAGAGAAGUUAAAGAGAGAAUUGAAUGUGAAGCAGUAGACGCAAAUGGUGUACCUACUGAGAACAACAAUCAAAUAUUUAGUUGCAAUUUGAAAGAUGGUCUUGGCUGCAAAAACACAGAGCAAAAGAACAAUGAUAAAUGUGACAACUACCAGAUGAGGGUUUUGUGUUGUGAAGAAGUUUGUGAACCUGUUUUUACACCUACAAUAUCAACACCUCAAACUUCUGAGCCUACAACUCAUGAAACAUCCACCACAAAACUACCUGAACCUGGGUCUGCAAGCAUAUCAUCUACAAAAAAACCUGGUUAUAAAACCCCAUCAGAAGGCACAUCUCCUCCUUCAUCAUCAUCCUCAUCAACAUCAUCUGAAGUUAUAACCUCAUCUACUUCGACAACAUGCAAGUAUAAAACGGAUUGCCGAUGGACAAACUGGUUUGAUAUAAAUAGGCCUUCAACAAAAAGUGACGGUGGGGAGAGUGAAAAUCCAGAUGAAAUAAAAUCAUUAGGGCAUGAGAUGUGUAAAGGUCCAGAAACCGAACAUAAAAUAGAAUGUGAAGCGAUUGACAGCAACGGAGUAACAAUUGCCAAUAAUGAUCAAAUUCUAACCUGUGUCUUGGGAAGUGGAUUAACUUGCAGCAACAGAGAUCAGAAAAAAAAGGCAAAGUGUCAUAAUUAUAGAAUAAGGGUUCAUUGCUGUGCAACAUAUUGUGAACCAGUUGUAACACCCACCAGGUCUAGUUUAGUUUCAACUAAAUCACCUACGCCUACCACAAGCUCAAUUACUGAACCAACUCUGUCUUCUCCCAAGGACUGUGAAAAUGAAAGAGCAGUAGAAUGUCGCUGGACUAAGUGGCUUAAUAACAAUCAGCCAUCUACAGCAGUUAAUGGUGAAGAAAGAGAAAAUUCUUAUAACUCAAGGUCUUUGGGAUCAGAAGUUUGCAAGCCUGGCGAGGUUGAAAACCAAAUUGAAUGUAAAGCUGAACAAUAUUCUGAAUCAUCAUUUAAACAAAACCGGGCCCAAAAAACUAUUUGUAAUUUAAAAGAUGGCUUGAUUUGUAGGAAUCAAGAUCAGUCUGGAGACAAUUGCCAUGAUUACAGUAUAAGGAUUGAAUGCUGUUCCGAAAACUUUGUGAAAUCUUGUGGCGAAUCCACAACCUCAUCCACUGAAGCUACAAGCAUACCGACAACUAUUUCUGUAACAAAGUCUUCUAGAUCAGAAACAUCACCCCCUUCAACCUCAAUUACUGGCACAUCCCCUGGAACUACAUCAGGCACUAGUACGGAAGUACCUUCUUCUUCAAGUUCAUCUGAAGUUACAUCUGCCACAUCAUCCCCAACACCAGGUUGUAUAAAGAAAAUGGAAUGUCACUGGACUUCAUGGCAUGACAACAAUGCUCCAAAUCCCAAAGGUGAUGGAGGAGAUACUGAAAAAGCCCAAGACAUAACAGAUAAAGGAUUAGAAAUAUGCAGUAAACAUGAAGUCAAGAACAAUAUUGAAUGUGAGGGUAUGGAUAAAACUGGUGCAGCAGUAGCAGAAAAUAAGCAAACAUUUGCUUGUGAUAUGGAAAAUGGAUUAAGCUGUUUGAAUAAAAACCAGAAGAAGAAAGAAAAGUGUUACAAUUAUAGAAUACGGUUUGAAUGCUGCGCAGAAUACUGUGAGAAAGUUGAGACAACUACAUUGGCCACAACAAGUUCAACAACUGAGACAACAACGGAGACUUCAUCUACAGAAGUUGAAACCAUAACAUCAGGUAGUUUGACUGAAAGUUCUUCUACAGAAGUACAAUCCACACCUCCUGGUAGUCUUACAGAGAGUUCUUCUACAGAAGUACAAUCUACACCACCAGGUAGCUCUGAAUCUUCAUCACCUAUUGAUACCAAAUCUCCAACCAGUAGCAUAGGUGUCACAUCUUCUCCAAAAACAACAUCAUCUACCACAAAAACAGAAAGUUCUGCUCCCGCUCCUGUUAAGACUACCAGUUGUGAGAAAUUAAGAAAAAGUGAAUGUCACUGGACAGGCUGGCAAAACAAAAAUGAACCUUCACUAGGCACAAGUGGAGAAGAGAUCGAAAAUUCAGAACAGCUAAAAUCUGAGGGAAUUGAAGUUUGUAAAAGUGAAGAAGUUGAAAAUACAAUUGAAUGCCAAGCUGCUGAAUAUACACAAGUAAGUUCUGAAGAUAUUGAACAAAACACAAUAUGCAAUGUGAAAGAUGGCUUUGUUUGCAAAAACAGUGAACAAACAGGUGAAAUUAAACAGUGUCUGGACUAUGAAAUCAGAUUUGAGUGCUGUUCCAAAAGGUUUAUUGAAUUCUGUGGAAAAACACCUUCUCCUACUUCACCAUCAUCUUCUGAAGCAACAGAAAGUCCUUCAACAACAUCAAUAACAGAGCCUUUAUCACCAGGUGACUCCACACCAGGUCAAACACGAACUGAGGGUAGCUUAACGUCUGAAGAAACAUCAACUUCUGAGAGACCAGACAAAACAAAUCGACCACCAGGCACUCCACCCAUAGGCACAACAGUUGGAAAAACCCCAUCCCCUGGCAGACCAUCAUCUGAAGAGCCAUCAACUUCAGAAAGACCAGAAAAAACACCCCGACCACCAGGCACUCCACCCAGAGGAACAACACCUGGUGAACCAACAUCCUCUGAGGAGCCAGAAAGGACACCUGGACAACCAGGUACUCCACCUAGAGGAUCAACACCUGGAAGAACCCCAUCUCCUACUAGCCCAUCAUCUCAAGAGCCAACAUCUUCUGAGAGACCAGAAAAAACACCUCAACCACCAGGCACUCCAUCAAAAGGAUCAACACCUGAAAAAAACCCUUCCCCUGGAAGCCCAUCAUCUGAAGAGCCAUCAACUCCUGAGAAAACAGAAAAAACACCUCGACCACCAGGCACUCCACCCAGCGGAUCUACACCUGGUGAGCUAACAACUUCUGAAGAACCAGAAAGGACACCUCGACCACCAGGUACUCCACCCAGAGGAUCAACACCUGGAAAAACCCCAUCCACUAGCAGCCCAUCAUCUGAAGAGCCAUCAACUCCUGGAACACCAGAGAAAACACCUCGACCACCAGCUAUUCCAGAUAGAGGAUCAACACCUGGUGAGCCAACAACUUCUGGAGAACCAGGAAGAACAUCACAGCCACCAGGCACUCCACCCAGAGGAUCAACACCUGGAAAAACCCCAUCCACUAGCAGUCCAUCAUCUGAAGAGCCAUCAACUCCUGGAAGACCAGAGAAAACACCUCAACCACCAGGUACUCCACCUAAAGGAUCAACAUCUGGUGAGCCAACAACUUCUGAAGAACCAGAAAAGACAUCUCGACCACCAGGCACUCCACCCAGAGGAUCAACACCUGGAAAAACCCCAUCCACUAACAGCCCAUCAUCUGAAGAGCCAUCAACUCCUGGAAGACCAGAAAAUACACCUCGACCACCAGGUACUCCACCUAGAGGAUCAACACCUGGUGAGCCAACAACUUCUGGAGAACCAGGAAGGACAUCACAGCCACCAGGCACUCCACCCAGAGGAUCAACACCUGGAAAAACCCCAUCCACUAGCAGCCCAUCAUCUGAAGAGCCAUCAACUUCUGAAAGACCAGAGAAAACACCUCGUCCACCAGGUACUCCACCUAAAGGAUCAACACCUGGUGAGCCAACAACUUCUGAAGAACCAGAAAGGACAUCUCGACCACCAGGCACUCCACCCAGAGGAUCAACACCUGGUGAGCCAACAACUUCUGAAGAACCAGAAAGGACACCUCGACCACCAGGCACUCCACCCAGAGGAUCAACACCUGGAAAAACCCCAUCCACUAGCAGCCCAUCAUCUGAGGAGCCAUCAACUCCUGAAAGACCAGAGAAAACACCUCGUACACCAGGUACUCCUCCUAGAGGAUCAACACCCGGUGAGCUAACAACUUCUGAAGAACCAGAAAAAACACCUCCACCACCAGGCACUCCACCCAGAGGAUCAACACCUGGUGAACCAAAAACCUCUGAGGAACCAGAAAGGACACCUCGACCACCAGGAACUCCACCCAAAGGAUCAACACCUGGUGAGCCAACAACUUCUGAGGAACCAGAAAGGACACCUCGACCACCAGGCACUCCACCCAGAGGAUCAACACCUGGAAAAACCCCAUCCCCUGGCAGCCCAUCAUCUGAAGAGCCAUCAACUCCUGGGAGACCAGAGAAAACACCUCGACCACCAGGUACUCCACCCAAAGGAUCAACAUCUGGUGAGCCAACAACUUCUGAAGAACCAGAAAGGACACCUCAACCACCAGGCACUCCACCCAGGGGAUCAACACCUGUAAAAACCCCAUCCACUAGCAGCCCAUCGUCUGAAGAGCCAUCAACUUCUGGAAGACCAGAGAAAACACCUCGACCAUCAGGUACUCCACCUAAAGGAUCAACACCUGGUGAGCCAACAACUUCUGAAGAACCAGAAAGGACAUCUCAACCACCAGGCACUCCACCCAGAGGAUCAACACCUGGAAAAACCCCAUCCACUAGCAGCCCAUCAUCUGAAGAGCCAUCAACUCCUGAAAGACCAGAGAAAACACCUCGUCCACCAGGUACUCCACCUAGAGGAACAACAUCCGGUGAGCUAACAACUUCUGAAGAACCAGAAAAAACACCUCGACCACCAGGCACUCCACCCAGAGGAUCAACACCUGGUGAACCAAAAACCUCUGAGGAACCAGAAAGGACACCUCGACCACCAGGCACUCCACCCAAAGAAUCAACACCGGGUGAGCCAAAAACUUCUGAAGAACCAGAAAGGACACCUCGACCACCAGGCACUCCACCCAGAGGAUCAACACCUGGAAAAACCCCAUCCACUAGCAGCCCAUCAUCUGAAGAGCCAUCAACUCCUGAAAGACCAGAGAAAACACCUCGUCCACCAGGUACUCCACCUAAAGGAUCAACACCUGGUGAGCCAACAACUUCUGAAGAACCAGGAAGGACACCUCGACCACCAGGUACUCCUCCUAGAGGAUCAACACCUGGUGAGCCAAAAACCUCUGAAGAACCAGAAAAAACACCUCAACCACCAGGCACUCCACCCAGAGGAUCAACACCUGGUGAACCAAAAACCUCUGAGGAACCAGAAAGGACACCUCGACCACCAGGAACUCCACCCAAAGGAUCAACACCUGGUGAGCCAACAACUUCUGAAGAACCAGAAAGGACACCUCGACCACCAGGCACUCCACCCAGAGGAUCAACACCUGGAAAAACCCCAUCCACUAGCAGCCCAUCAUCUGAAGAGCCAUCAACUCCUGGAAGACCAGAGAAAACACCUCAACCACCAGGUACUCCACCUAGAGGAUCAACAUCUGGUGAGCCAACAACUUCUGAAGAACCAGGAAGGACACCUCGACCACCAGGUACUCCUCCUAGAGGAUCAACACCUGGUGAGCCAAAAACCUCUGAAGAACCAGAAAAAACACCUCAACCACCAGGCACUCCACCCAGAGGAUCAACACCUGGUGAACCAAAAACCUCUGAGGAACCAGAAAGGACACCUCGACCACCAGGAACUCCACCCAAAGGAUCAACACCUGGUGAGCCAACAACUUCUGAAGAACCAGAAAGGACACCUCGACCACCAGUCACUCCACCCAGAGGAUCAACACCUGGAAAAACCCCAUCCACUAGCAGCCCAUCAUCUGAAGAGCCAUCAACUCCUGGAAGACCAGAGAAAACACCUCAACCACCAGGUACUCCACCUAGAGGAUCAACAUCUGGUGAGCCAACAACUUCUGAGGAACCAGAAAGGACACCUCGACCACCAGGCACUCCACCCAGAGGAUCAACACCUGGAAAAACCCCAUCCCCUGGGAGCCCAUCAUCUGAAGAGCCAUCAACUCCUGGGAGACCAGAGAAAACACCUCGACCACCAGGUACUCCACCUAGGGGAACAACAUCUGGUGAACCAAAAACCUCUGAGGAACCAGAAAGGACACCUCGACCACCAGGAACUCCAUCCAAAGGAUCAACAUCUGGUGAGCCAACAACUUCCGAGGAACCAGAAAGGACACCUCGACCACCAGGCACUCCACCCAGCGGAUCAACACCUGGAAAAACCCCAUCCCCUGGCAGCCCAUCAUCUGAAGAGCCUUCAACUUCUGGAAGACCAGAGAAAACACCUCGACCACCAGGUACUCCACCUAGGGGAACAACAUCUGGUGAACCAAAAACCUCUGAGGAACCAGAAAGGACACCUCGACCACCAGGAACUCCUCCCAAAGGAUCAACACCUGGUGAGCCAACAACUUCUGAAGAACCAGAAAGGACACCUCGACCACCAGGCACUCCACCCAGAGGAUCAACACCUGGAAAAACCCCAUCCACUAGCAGCCCAUCAUCUGAAGAGCCAUCAACUCCUGGAAGACCAGAGAAAACACCUCGACCACCAGGUACUCCACCUAGAGGAUCAACACCUGGUGAGCCAACAACCACUGAAGAACCAGGAAGGACACCUCAACCACCAGGUACUCCUCCUAGAGGAUCAACACCUGGUGAGCCAAAAACUUCUGAAGAACCAGAAAGGACACCUCGACCACCAGGCACUCCACCCAGAGGAUCAACACCUGGAAAAACCCCAUCCCCUGGCAGCCCAUCAUCUGAAGAGUCAUCAACUCCUGGAAGACCAGAGAAAACACCUCGACCACCAGGCACUCCCCCCAAAGGAUCAACAUCUGGUGAGCCAACAACUUCUGAGGAACCAGAAAGGACACCUCGACCACCAGGCACUCCACCCAGAGGAUCAACACCUGGAAAAACCCCAUCCCCUGGCAGCCCAUCAUCUGAAGAGCCAUCAACUCCUGGAAGACCAGAGAAAACACCUCGACCACCAGGUACUCCACCUAGGGGAACAACAUCUGGUGAGCCAACAACUUCUGAGGAACCAGAAAGGACUCCUCGACCACCAGGCACUCCACCCAGAGGAUCAACACCUGAAAGAACCCCAUCUCCUGGAAGCCCAAUAUCUGAAGAGCCUUCAACUCCUGAGAAACCAGAAAAAACACCUCAAUCAACAGGUACUCCACCCAGAGGAACAACACCUGGUGAGCCUACAACAUCUGAGGAACCAGAAAGAACACCUCAACCACCAGGGACUCCACCUAGAGGCACAACACCUGGUGAGUCAUUAACUCCUUCAUCAGAAGAGCCAUCUACUCCUGAGAGACCAGACAAAAAAACAUCUCAACCACCAAGUACUCCACCCAGAGAGACAACUCCUGAGGAAACAGAAGAACCAUCUAGACCACCGGGCACUCCACCUAGAGGCACAACACCUGGUGAGCCAACUACUUCUGAGAGACCAGAACAAACAUCUCAGCCACCAGGUACUCCACCUAAAGGUACAUCACCUAAUGAGCCAAGCACCUCCAACGAACCAGAUAAAACAUCUUCACAACCUGGAACAUCUGGUGAAAUCUCUCCAACCAAAACUCUGGUUACCUCCACUUCAGUUUCUAGUACAGCAUCAAGCCCUGUUACUGUCACUUCAACCUCUGGUACCACAGCACAUCCAACAGGCUACUUACCUUUUACCACAUCUUCUGCAACGCCUAGUGGUAGCACAGUUGUAUUAACAACAACUGUUACACCAGAACAAAAUACACCAUCAUCUGAAGCCCCAACAACACACUCUAGCCCCACAACGGCGUGUUUAUGCAAGGUUAAAGAAGACUUCUUUACCCCAGGUGAAUAUAUUUACAGUAGAAGAGAUCACCAAGGCUGCCCAUUCCAUGCAGUUUGUGGGGCCACAUGUGAAAUUGAAUGGUCUACAGGAGAAUGUUUCUCAACAGAAAUACCCUCUACAUCACAAGAGAACAUAAAGGAUACCAAUAGUGAAAAACCCAAAAUAAGUAGACCAAGCAGGAGACCUCCAACUAGUCCUCAUUCACAUGGUACAACUCAUGAACCGGGUACAACUCCUGAACCUGGUACAUCUCAUGAAUAUAGCACCUCAACAGAAUCCACAUGUGGACCCUGUGAAUGUGUAAUGCCAAAUUGUGGUACUGGAUAUCGUGUUGUGUCUGUUAUGCCACCUGGUGCCUGUUGUGCCAAUAUCACAUGUGAACCUGAUUCAGUCUGUGUAUCGGAUAACACAAUAUAUAAACCGGGAUCCAUCAUCCCACAAUCUAAGAAUAUAUGCCAGAAAUGUGAGUGCUCGAAGGAUGACAAGGAUGAAUCUGGUUUCUAUGCAGUAAAAUGUGAAGAACUCCUCUGUGACAAGACCUGUCAGAAGGGCUUUGAAUAUGCUGAAAAGGAAGGCAAAUGCUGUGGUGAAUGUGUACCCAAGCAGUGCACCAUGAAGAAACAGAAGGUAGAAAGUGGAGAGAACGUGGAGAGCGGUCAGAAGGUAGAAAGUGGAGAGAACGCGGAGAGCGGUCAGAAGACAGAAAGUGGAGAAAGCGGAGAGAAAGAUACACAAAUCCUGAUCCAGAUUGGAGACACCUAUCGUCCAGAAGGAAGCUCUUGCAUUUAUUAUGAGUGUGAUGAGGAAGAUGGCAAACCUGUUCUAACCAAAGUGAAGAAAGUUUGCCAAGAGUUGGAUGUCUCCAAAUGCGAGGAGGGCUCAGUUAAGUAUGAUGAAGAUGGCUGCUGUAGGACAUGCACACCUAAGACAGUAGAGAAACCAGUGCUUGAAAACUGCAGCUCACGUAAGAACAUGACAGUACUGAAAGAAGGUGACUGCGAAGUUGAGGUGGAGCUUACACACUGCGGAGGACCUUGUAUGGGAACAUCAAUAUAUUCGACAGAAUCACAAGGAAUGGAUCACAAGUGUUCCUGCUGCACAGAACUGGAGGUGGCUGAAAGACAAGUAGAAAUGUUAUGCGCCAAUGGACGACGCUUAACCCAUUAUUACAAAGAUGUGGUGAAAUGUGGCUGUUCAGUAGCUACCUGUGAACCACUCACAUCUGCUGAGUUUCAGGAAUCACAGCAGCAGAGAUCCCAAGUGGCCUCCAGACGAAGAAGAAGAUGAACAAAAAAUAGAGAGCAAGACAACAAUAUAAGGCUUUUUGAAUAGUCAUCUGACUAAAAUUUUCAGAUAAUGUCCCUUCCCUUCUAGUAUCUACAUACUUCUACUCUAUAGUCUGAUGCUGGAGAAAGAGAGGCUUGUAAAGGUCAUAAAGAGGAUAUGAAAUGUGAAUUCCUGCAUUUCUUGCAAAAAGCUUUAUGUUGUUACUUGUUACUUAUGUUGUUCUUAUGCUUAUCAUUCCUUGUAUAUGUAUAUGUCAUUAAACUAUAAAAUCAA